AUGCGUGAAAAGCCGGACGAAAAAUGGCGCGAAGUGACUGUGGCUGACAUCAAGGCAUACAUUGGAUUUCAAAUCGUUAUGGGAGUGAUCAUAGCACCACGACUUGAUGACUAUUUUUCAACUGAUGAAAUGUUCGGAAUAUGUGGAAUCAAGCAUAGAAUUAAUCGUGAUAGAUUUGACAAAAUUAAUCAGUACUUUCAUGCCGCGGACACAUCGAUGAAUCCACACAGAGGAGACGCCGGUCAUGACAAAAUCGCGCACGUGCGUCCUGUGCUUGAAAAAGUACGAACUUCACUGUCGUCUGCGUACCGGCCACACAGGGAGUCGGCAAUUGACGAGGCAAUGGUUGCUUACACCGGAAGGCUUUCCAUCAAGCAGUAUGUCCCGAUGAAACCAACGAAGCGCGGGAUAAAAGUAUGGGUUCGGGCUGAUCCGCACAAUGGUUUUAUCAACGACUUUCAGGUGUACCUUGGAAAGGAAAACAACACAGGAGAGUAUGGUCUUGGCGAAAGAGUAGUGUUGGACCUAACUAGAGACAUUUUAAAUCGCGGGCAUCAUAUUUACAUGGACAACUUUUUCACGUCGGUGAAGUUAUUUGAGAAGUUAGAGGAGAACGACACAUAUACCUGUGGAACUGUUCGAGCUCAGAGACAAGGGGUACCACCGCAAAUACGGAAUGCUAAUAUAAAGAACCAAGGAGAGUCUGUGAUUAUGCAAAAACGAAAUAUGGUUGCCUUGACAUGGAAGGACAAGCGCCCUGUGAAUUUGCUGUCAACAAACACUGAUCCCCGACGGCAAACUACCGUUCUCCGACGUCAGAAAGAUGGUUCCCGUAUUGACGUGCCUUGUCCAGAAGUUGUGAAAAAUUACACAAAAUUCAUGAAUGGAGUAGAUCGCGCAGACCAGCUUAGGGCAUUAUACUCCUGUGGUAGAAAAGCAAGUAAAUGGUGGAAAUAUCUGUUUUGGUUUCUGGUGGAUAUUUCAAUUGUGUGUGGGUACAUUCUGAUGAAGGAAUCCCCUGAUCAUCAACGGAAGUCUCGAAACGGUAGACAAAAACAACUGUCUAUGGUUGACUAUCGCAAGUCGCUAGCAAAACAACUUAUUGGUAUCUACAUGGUCAGAAACAAACGAAAAGCUAUGAAAGAGAACACCUCAUAUGCCGACGGCUCGAAUUGCUGGGUAGCGGACAUGGGAAAGAAACGUCGGUGUGAACAUUGCAAGCCCCGUGGUAUCAGGCGCGAACCCCGAUUUGGAUGUGAAGCAUGCGGCGUGAACCUGUGUGUAGAGUGCUUCAAACCAUACCAUCUAGAACGAUUUCCGGACCGAUAUACUCGAUGA